UUUUUUUUUUUUUUUUAAAUUCUUAAAUGGUAAAUGUACCAUUCAUUGUGAAGUGAAAUUUCAUCUCCCCCAAAUUUACCCUUUUACCAACUGGAGUGAAGUCCUUAGCUAUAACCAUCAAUAGUAAAGAAUUGGAACUAGUGUAACAAGCCUUUGCAGGGCCAGCAUUGAAUGCCAUGCCAGUGAUGUUUGUGUUGAUAUAAAGGAGGAAAAAUAGCUUCCUUUAGCGUCUCUGUGUUUCUUCGCCCGAGCUGGUUGGGAAUGGCUAUAAUGCUGCUCUGCCUUCUUCAGCUCGCUGCCCCACUCUGUAGUUACUCUGUAACGAUACGCUUCUACCUUUUUUGGUUAAACACCCCCUGAUAACGAUUGUUAUACAUACCAUAGACAUUGACAUAUAUAUCACUGUAUCCAUAUACAUGGAUUUCUUUUCAUCUUGAUUUUGUGGCUGGGUAAAAUUCAGUAACGUUAACUUCAUGGUACUUUGGUAUAAGAGUUAAUUAAGUUCACUAUUUUUAUAAUGAACCCAAAUCUGGAGGCUUUUAUAUUAUAUUUUAAAAGGAUAAUUACCCAAAUGUUUUAUUUCUAUACAUUUGUGUGUGUGUAUAAGUAUAUAUGUAUAUGCAUAUUAUAUACAUAAAACACUUUAUAUUUCUACAUACAGUAUGCUUUUAUUAUACAGAUAAUAAAGAUGGGGGAAGGUUUCUGUUUUUUUUUCUUAAUAGGUGAAGA